CAUCGGCUCUCUGAUUGUCAUUGGAUGGGAAUUGCAUCGAACGACCUCAUGCAAUAAUAUGGAUAUGCAGAACUGGGCCGGUAGAAUACAUCCAGGCCUUAGAUUCAGAGGAGCUACUGCACAAAACAUCCACUUGAUAAGCCAUAAGGAACUUGCCCGAAAUGUGGAUGAAUCAGCUGUCGUGAUCUGGACGGAGAUAGUUUGACAAUCUCUCGAGUUUUGAUUAGGCUAAUCUCUCACUGUUGACCUGAUGAUGACCUGAUGAUUACUUCACUGGAUGUGACAAUGGGCUGAUUCACUGUGGACACAUAGUCUUGGACAAAUCCGGUUUCAUGUCACUUUUGGAAUUUACUUUCGAAAAAGGAGUAAUUCAAAGUCACGUGCCGAUGUAAAUUCUGCUUGGAUACUGAGAGAAAUAAUUUUGUGUUUGCAAGAUGGCUGACAAGAGAGGUGACCAGGCGCCACUGCUCAUCAAUAAAGACGAAGCUGACUUGAACCAAAACCCCCAUGGACUCACUGCUGAAGAAUCCACCACGGACGAGGACUUCCUCCAACCUGGUGAGCCCACCAUCAUUGUCCCGAGUAGGAAAGUCAUAAUCGAACCAGUGAUAUUCCUGUUCUGUCUCGCAAUCUUUUCAAAUGAUACUCUUCUUGAGCAGUACAUACGCUCCAGGUUAACUCAUCUUUACCCGAUCCUGCAGAAUAAUGGAACCACAGGUUGGAACAUCAGUAAUUGCGCGGGAUCGAACAACUCUGAUCCGCUUGUCGUGGCUGAGGCUUCCGUGGUAGCGGACACGUCCGUGUGGCAGAUCUACCUGGCUCUGCCUACCCUCAUAACUAUGGUGACCACCCUCAUAUACGGGGCCUACUCAGAUAUCGCUGGGAGGCGACAGAUACUGCUGCUACCAAGCAUCUUUGCAGCCAUAAAGUUUACCAUCACCUCUUUGGUGAUAUAUUACAACCUUCCUCUGUACGUGUUGCUUGUGGCUUCAGCCAUUGAACCAUUUGGAGGAGGAUUCUACACGUUAGUGAUGGGUGUCUAUGCGUAUCUUGCUGACAUUACACCGCCAGAAAAGCUCGGCAUUAGGAUGACGAUUGUUGAGGUUGUCAUGACUUUUGGCACUGGCUGUUCUCAAGUAGGAUUAGGUUACUCAAUACGGAGUCUUGGAUAUUUCUAUACAUACAUCAUCCUGGCCGGAGUUCUAUUUUUGAACUUGAUAUAUGUCAUAUUCUUUGUCCCAGAGACCAUCGUUCAAAACAAAAACAAGCCAAAAUUAAACAUUGGCGAACACCUUCGAUCGACAUGGUUGUCAUUCUCCGAUAAAGAAGAUGGUCGACACGUCAAGAUAGGCCUUCUCGUCACCGCCUUUCUUGUUCUUAACUUGACCAUCCAGUCUUACAGUGCCAUUCAAAUCCUUUUUGUAAUGGGACCACCCUUGUGCUGGGGCACUGUUGGUAUUGGUAUCUUUACUGGCAUGAGCAUUGGACUAAUGGAGAUAGCCAGUAUCCUUGGUUAUGAACUGUUAACCCGAUGCAAGGUGGAGGAGAUCGGAAUAGCCGCCAUUGGGAUCGUUUCUACCCUGGCAAGCGUCCUGGUGAACGCAUUUGCUGACUCGUUUUACUGGAUGAUUGUAGUUCCUCUCGCGGGGAUCUUCGUGGUGCUGCCGUCGCCGAUGUUGAGGACAUGUGCUUCGAAGCUGUUUAGGGAGGACGAGCAAGGUCGAGUGUUGUCAGCAUUCUCGGCUGUUGGUGCAUUUUGCUACGCGGUCAGUGCCUUGAUGAUGAACAGCAUCUACCAAAGGACCGCGCGCUUCAUGACUGGUUUCGUCUUCCUUGUGGGUGCUGGAUUCUGCCUCUUGAGUCUUUUCGUGAUAGGGUGUUAUGUUGUUUUCACCAGAAAGAGCAGAAAUCGACAGAAAGAAGUCAACAAAUCAAGAUGAGACCAACAUGAGACUCCACUGUGAGAAAGAAUGAGGAUUCUGAUCUUCUGAAAAACCUUUGACACCGACGAUAAUCGGCAUGCCCCAUAGUUUUUCCAGCGAAAUGAAAAACCGUUGGAAGAUUUUUCAUAAUAUUGAAAUCUUUCAGGCCGGAGGAUUCACGUUGUCACUUCUCACGUUUCACCUGUCACGAGUUAACCGACUCGGGCUUGAAAUACGACUUGAGGGUGGAAAGUGACAUCAUGAAUCGUAUGUAGCCCGCUCUUUGGAAAUGACUUGUUCGUUCUUCAUGUCACGCAAGAAAAGUAAACAGUGACACGUUACAUGCGAAAACGUGAACUCUAAAAAUCGCUGAAAAAACCUCUCAAAGCGGUGCAUAUUAGUGUUUGGCGAAAAACUUUCAUUGAUUCCUCAAAAGCACACAAACAUUGUGGGGGCUGUGCCACGGAAGUGUUAUCGCUCAUGUUUGUACAUUGAAGUGAAGUACUUUCAUGAUAUUGGAUAUAAGUCUUGUUUUGGGGGAAGCUAUUGGAUUGGUACUAUUCCCACUUGUACUUCGCCAUAAAUCAUGUGAUGCAAUAUAUAUGUAUACUACAUUCUAAGUACUGUAAUAAUAA